CCUAAAUUAAGCAGCUCUCGUUAGCUCUCGCAAACCACCUCUCGCUUAGCUACUUAGUUAGCGGUCGGCUCAUUAACCACCUUGCUGCUAGCUAGGUAGCUAGUUUCCCAACGAUCUUGAAAAUGCAGUACGGUGCGGCAGCGGAGCAGGCGUGGUAUAUGCCGGCGAUGCCGGUGGCGGUGGCCGCGGAGACGGCGGCGGAGCGGGUAGAGCGGCUGGCUUCGGAGAGUGCCGUGGUGGUGUUCAGCGUGAGCAGCUGCUGCAUGUGCCACGCCGUGAAGCGCCUCUUCUGCGGCAUGGGCGUGCACCCCACCGUGCACGAGCUGGACCUCGACCCGCGGGGCCUCGAGCUGGAGCGCGCCCUCGCCGCCCUCCUCGGCUCCGGCGGGGGAGCGGUGCCGGUCGUGCCCGUUGUCUUCAUCGGCGGCAAGCUCGUCGGCGCCAUGGACCGCGUCAUGGCCGCGCACAUCAACGGCACCCUCGUGCCCCUGCUCAAGGAGGCCGGCGCGCUCUGGCUGUGAGCUAGCGCCGCCGCCCGUCGCCGGCCGUUUGGCUACUGCUUGGGGCUAAUGGUAGGAUAGACGAUUACAUUUCACAGAGAUCAGCUGAUUAUAGAUCGAUCACUGCUUGUGCCGGUGCGUGUGUGUGGUGUGGGGGAGAGAGUGAGAGGUCGGUGUUUUUUUACUACUACUGCCUCCGUCUUGUUUGAGCUUGUGGGAGCUAGUGCGUGCAUGCUUGCACUACCAGUCUAUCUACCGGCCGGUGUGUAGGUGUGUGCUUACUUGGUGCUAAAGAGAGAUUUGAUGUUCAUCUCUCUUUGAUCCCAUCAAUUAGUUAUUUGGUUUGCCUUGUUUUAA